AUGGAGGAAGAACGUCGAGUUCUCUUCGGAAAAUACGAGAUGGGGAGGCUUUUAGGCAAAGGAACCUUCGCGAAGGUCUACUACGGCAAAGAGAUCACCAGCGGCGAGAGCGUCGCCAUCAAAGUCAUCAACAAGGACCACGUACUGAAACGACAAGGCAUGAUGGAACAAAUCAAACGCGAGAUCUCGAUCAUGAAACUCGUUCGCCACCCAAACAUCGUCGAGCUAAAAGAAGUCAUGGCCACCAAGACCAAAAUCUUCUUCGUCAUGGAGUUCGUUAGAGGCGGCGAGCUUUUCGACAAAAUCUCCAAAGAAGGCAAGCUCCACGAGGACGCGGCUCGUAGAUAUUUCCAUCAGCUAAUCUCAGCCGUUGAUUUUUGUCAUAGUAGAGGCGUCUCUCAUCGCGAUUUAAAACCUGAGAAUCUCCUCCUCGACGAGAACGGAGAUCUGAAGAUCUCCGAUUUCGGAUUAUCCUCGCUCCCGGAGCAGAUCCUCCACGACGGACUGCUCCACACGCAGUGCGGAACGCCGGCUUACGUGGCGCCGGAGGUGCUGCGUAAGAAGGGGUACGACGGCGCGAAGGCGGAUAUAUGGUCGUGCGGCGUCGUUUUGUACGCGCUUCUCGCCGGAUGCUUGCCGUUUCGCGACGAGAAUCUGAUGAACAUGUACCGGAAGAUCUUCCGAGCGGACUUCGAGUUCCCGCCGUGGUUUUCGCCGGAGUCGAGGAGGCUCGUCUCGAGGCUCCUCGUCGUCGAUCCCGAUCGACGGAUCUCGGUGACGGAGAUCAUGCGAACGCCGUGGCUCCGGGAAAACUUUAAUCCGCCGCUAGCUUUCGAAAUCGACGAUCGGGAAGAGACGGAGGCGGUUUCGCCGAAGUUCUUCAACGCCUUCGAGUUCAUCUCCUCGAUGUCGUCGGGGUUCGAUCUGUCGAGCUUGUUCCAGAGCAAGAGGAAGGUUCAGUCGGUGUUCACGUCGCGGUCCUCGGCGGCGGAGAUAAUGGAGAAGAUCGAGACGGUUACGAAGGAGAUGGACAUGAAUGUGAAGACGACGAAGGAUUUCAGAGUGAAGAUUGAGGGGAAAACGGAAGGGAGGAAGGGACGGCUGUCGAUGACGGCGGAAGUGUUCGAAGUGGCGCCGGAGAUGUCAGUGGUGGAGUUCUGCAAAUCGGCGGGAGAUACUCUCGAGUACAAUAGGUUUUACGAAGAAGUUAGGCCUGCGUUAAACGACAUCGUUUGGUCAUGGCACGGCGAUAAUACCGCGGUUAAUCAAAUACCCGAUGGUCAUGGCACGGUUUAA